GGACGCCUGGGGGCCGGGAGGACCUACUUAGUAUAAGAAAAGGCUAGCUGUGGGUGGCCAGGGCGGAAUUGAAAGGAAACUGACCAGCCCAGGGGGCAGAGGGGAGGGGAAGUAUUCCGUGCUUGAGGUUCGGACCCUCUCUGGAGGCUCCAUUUUAACUGAUUUGCAUCCCACAGGGCCACCUCUGGGGUGUGUGUGGACCUGUCGGCACCUUGGUUAAUUAGCGAAGGUCUGGGGUCUUCACGGUUAACCUGGUAACUCGGCUAUCCCUCCCCUGGCUACUGAAGGGUUAACUAAACGUCUGUCCCUUGAACUGAUCCAUUCCCAUUUUCUUGGAAGUCAGCACUGAGGCCCCAAGAAGGGAGGUCUGUGAAUCUCCUGCCCUUCCUUGUCCGUGACCUAAGUGAUGGGGUCUGGAGUCUUGACUGUGCAAGUCGUGGGGGUGGGUUCGGCCAUUUUUCUGAAAUCUUUGGGCCAGAAAUCCUUGGCUUAGAGGAUAAAGGAUUCUGGGGCCUGGUCACCAGGGAGAAGGGAUAAUGCCUGCUUUUGCCUUCUUGGGCACACCCUACCUGACCUUUCUUAAACCAGCUUCUUAUCAGGUCACACCUUGGUUCCAAGACCUCCAGCGGUGCGCGGACCCUAAAACAAAUCUGCCCUGCAGAGAGCAGGGGUGAUGGCCCCAGGUCUGUUGUCCAACCCAGGGCAACCUGGGUUCGCUCCCUUUUCCUGCCACUCACCAGCUUGCACCCAGUAAAUGAUUUGGCAUCUCCCAGUGCCAGUUUCCUCUUCAGGAGAACGGGGAUUACGUGAUGAGGAAACCGAACAGGGAGGCUGUUUGCAGAGCCACGGUGACCUGUCCAGAUCCCUCGUAGCGAAUCUGGGAGGGCUAAGAACCACCCGUCUCCCCGAAUCCAUACCUUCCUAUCCGCUGAGGGGGGUAAGCUAAUGGCCCGCCUCCCGGUCUUGUGUGGCCUGCGAGCCAAGACCAGGAUAAUGCAGACUCCACCAGCCAUUCCCGUGCCUGUGCUCCGGCUCCCCCGGGGCCCUGAUGGCUUGAGCCGAGGCUUUGCCCCAGACGGACGCAGGGCCCCCCCGAAGCCAGAGGUUCCUGGAAGCCCGGGAUCUCCAGUAGGUCGAGAGUCUCGGGAAUCCCGGGAACAGCAGGCCCGAGCCGCACUUCGGGAACGCUACCUCCGCAGCCUGCUGGCCAUGGUGGGUCACCAGGUGAACUUCACACUGCACGAGGGUGUGCACGUGACCGCCCACUUCGGCGCCGCCGACCUGGACGUGGCCAACUUCUACGUGCUGCAGCUGCAGACGCCGAUAGGCGUGCAGGCCGAGGCGCUGCUGCGGUGUAGUGACAUUAUUUCCUACACUUUCAAGCCGUGAGGACGUGACUGGGUUCGCCUUUCUGCCCGAGGCCUGGCCGCAGUAUCCCAGCCUCCAAAUGUUCACGAGCCCAGCACCCUGGGCCCCACAGGGUUUGGAACAUCCUUGGAAAUUUGAGCCGAGCGCCGGGCAACUCUGGCUUCUUGGGACCUGCGGAGUCCAGUCAGUAAAAUUCUGCAACCACAGGAGUUCUAGAGCCCGUUGGAAGGAAUGCUCUGCCUCACGGGAAUCUAAACUCUUAAAACAGGGCCUCAUGCCAGUUCCUGAAGACGG